AUGCAAAAUCAAAACCUUGAAAAUGGAUCUCAAGUGGACAAGAAAAUGUAUCCAUAUAGUAAUCCAAGUCGUUGUACUGAUCGAAAAAGUAUUGUUAUGUCUUUAUACAAUCUUGUCGUUUUUGUGGUAGCUCUCGUAGCGAUUGGUCUAUAUUAUAUUGCGACUAGAAACAAAACUUUGAAUCAGCAAUUAUACGUCGUCCUUAUCGGAGCCGAAUUUUUACCUCGAUACAUUCAAGCUUUCGUCAUCUACAAAUACACAAGAUUCCAUUUCUGGGACUUGAUUGGCGUCUUUAUUUGUGGUCCAUAUUAUUAUUAUUGGAGAGGCAAAGACCGAAAGAGUCUAAAGAGAAAUCUGGUCAAUAGGUUGGAAUACAUCGUAGAUGCGUUAGAAAUUAUGAGACUCGUUUUGAUAG